AUGUCUGAAGUUAAUGUGACGAAAGUAAUAGUAAACAAUCCCAUAUGUGACAUUUUAGAUCCAUUCGUUUUUACCAUUGAGUUUGAAGCGUUGAAUAAGUUAGAGGCUGAUUUGGAGUGGAAAAUAUUUUACAUUUCAGCUGUGAACAAUGAUGGGGAAGGCAACCAGGACAUCGAGUUAGAUAAUAUUUUCUUAGGACCCAUCGAGCGAGGCGUGAUGAUGUUCGACUAUGCGGUGAAUCCGCCCGACUACAAGAACAUGGACGUGGAUAGCGUACUGGGCCUGCAGGCCAUCCUCAUAUCAGCCAACUACAAAGAAAAGGAGUUUAUUAGGAUCGCCUACUACAUGAAUUCAUUUUACAAGGACAUGGAGUUGAGGGAGAAGCCACCCGCCGUACCCCAGUACGACAAAAUAUGUCGACACAUAUUUGUAGAAAACCCAAGAAUAGUAAAAUUUUGCAUCACAUGGGAUGCAGAGGAGAAAGAUGAUUUUAAAGAAUUUGAUAAAGAAAAUGAACAGAUCGCAUUAAUGAACUCGAUAAAAAUGAAUGGUGAUGAGAAUAGUAACUCCAACAUAACAAAUGAGUCUACCCAGGAAAACAUUUUCGCCUUCAGUGACAUGCUGGGCAAUGUUGGUGCGAAUGGUAAAAUGAGCACACACGUCGCGGCGCACGAAAAUGAUCACACGUACGCCACCGCAGACUUGAACGAACGGGGGGCCCUCAGUAGUAACGGUGCGUCGACUGAUUUGGACAAAUGCGAACUCUUUAAUGCAAAUAUAAAUGGGAUAAGCAGAAUCACCAUUGAUAAUAAUAACGCAUGA